AUGACUUUUUGGGGUUGUUUGGAUGAUUUGGUUCGGAGUAUUACUCUAGAUCAAUUUUUAUUUGUUGGUGGUGAUUUUAAUGGUCAUAUUGGUGCGAGAGCAGAUGGGUAUCAAGGUGUUCAUGGUGGGUUUGGUUAUGGUGUUAGAAAUGACAAUGGUUCGACGCUUUUGGAAUUUGCAACAGCACAUGAUUUAGUGAUUGUUAACUCUUCUUUCCGCAAGCGUGAUGACAAUCUAAUUACUUUUAGGAGUGGGGGACAUGCCACUCAAAUUGAUUAUCUUCUUAUUCGCAUGGAAGCUUGUGCUUCACAGCACCGUCUUUUAGUCAUGGAUUUGUCUUUGGAUGGCCCACCUAUGGAGGGAUUGAGAGUUGUUACACCUCGAAUUCUGUGGCGUAAUUUACAUGGAUCGAAAGUAGCAGAAUUUAAGGACAUGCUUGAGGGUUUUUUUAGGUUGGAAGAUGAUGUGGAUCAAAUGUGGAUACGUAUGGCUGAUUUAAUUCGAGGUGUGGCACGGAGGACGUUGGGAGUGGCUUCAGGGAUUGCAAAGGAGCAGAGAGAAUCUUGGUGGUGGAAUGAUGAUGUACAAGCCAAAGUGCAAUUUAAGAACGGAUGCUUUUUGGAAUUCAUGUCAUGUCCAGAAGGGCCAGAUCGGCAUAUAAAGCGGGAGUUAUUUAAACUUGCAAAAAGAAUGGCUAAACAGGCAGUUGCGGAAGCGAAAACUAAGGCGUAUCAAGACAUGUAUAAGCGUCUAGGUACUAAGGAGGGAGUGAAUGAAAUUUUUAAACUUGCAAAAGCACGUAACAAGCGCAGUCAUGAUAUUGGUGCGGUUCGAUAUAUAAAGGACGAGGGUGACCGGGUUUUGCUUUAUGAUGGGGAUAUUAUAGCGAGAUGGGGCAGGUAUUUCUCUGAGUUAUUUAACGCAGCUCGAGGGAGAGAGAUUGUAUUCGAGCAAGAGAAUGUCAAUGUUUCUCAUAAUGAUGUUGGUAUGAGUCAAGAUAUUACUAUGGCAGAGGUUCGCGUAGCUUUAGGCAUGAUGGGUAAGGGUAAAACAAUUGGGCUUGAUGAGAUUCCGAUUGAGGUGUGGCAGUGUUUGGGGGAACAGGGGGUACGAUGGUUAACAGCUCUUUUAAUGUCAUAUUUCGGACAUCCAGGAUGCCGAUCAUACGAUGAAACUUGGGAACGAGUUAUUGAGUGCAGGAUUCGAAGAAUUGUUACCAUUUCAGUGAAUCAAUUUGGUUUUAUGCCUGGGAGGUCCACCAUUGAGGCGAUUUAUCUCAUUCGCUGUCUUAUGGAGAAAUAUCGAGAGUGUCGUAAGGAUCUUCAUAUGGUGUUUAUAGAUCUUGAAAAGGCUUAUGAUAGUGUACCACGGGUCGUUCUUUGGAGAUGUUUAGCAGCGCGAGGAGUGCCGGAGGUGUAUAUUCGGACCAUACAGGAUAUGUAUUCAGCAGUGGGGACGUGUGUUAGGACACCCGUUGGGGAUACUCAGUAUUUUCCAGUUGAGGUGGGUCUUCAUCAAGGUUCGGUAUUAAGCCCUUUGCUUUUUAUAAUUGUUUUGGAUGUGAUUACCCGUGACAUUCAAGCUCCGGUGCCUUGGUGUAUGCUUUUUGCUGAUGAUAUUGUGUUAAUCGCUGAGUCUCGAAGUGAGGUUAAUGUGAAAUUGGAACAGUGGCGUAUGUCGUUGGAGGGUUAUGGAUUGCGUCUGAGCCGUUCUAAAACCGAGUAUCUCUGGGCCAAUUUCAGUGAGGAGAUUCAUGAGGCGGAUGUUGCUGUAUGUAUUGUGGAGGCUCGUGUACCACAAACUAAUACCUUUAAAUACUUGAGUUCUAUCAUUCAGAGUAAUGGCGAUAUUUCUGCGGAUGUUACACAUCGUAUUUCGACAGGAUGGCUUCAUUGGUGGGCUGCUACAGGGUGUUGUGUGAUAAGAAUGUACCUUUGA